AUAUUUUUCUUGUUUACUAUUUACAUUUCUAAAUCUAUUAAGUUAUAUUAUAUAUUAAAAAGAAAAAAAAUAAUAAUUCAAAUGGGACUCAAGCCUCUUGAGUUUAGUGAGUGUUUGUUGGAUACACCCUAUUUCCGUGACAGUAUAUAUGACCAUGAAAAGGAGCUUGAUCAGACUAACGAUGCCAUAAAGUCUCUAAUUAAAGAGUGCAGAAACUUAAUUAAAGCUUUGGACAAUGUUUAUGUUGCACAACUGAGCUUCUGCACUAUGCUGAGGAACUUUAAACUUCGCUAUAUUGGUGAAGUUGACUCAGAUGACGAUUUAGAAUAUGAAGAAACAUUUCAAGUAUUUGCUGAAAUUAUUGAAAGGGUAGAAGAAGAAAGGAGAAGAAUGUUAGACCAUGCCAAUUCUCAGUUGAUUGAUCAACUUGAAAAAUUUCGCAAAGAGCAAAUUGGAAGUGCAAAAGAAGAGAAAAAGAAAUUUGAUAGAGAAUCAGAAAGAGUGUGUAGUUUACUUGAUAAUCAUUUAAAGAUAUCUCCAAAGAAAAAAGAUAUUGUUUUAACUGAGGCUGAUGCUCAACUAGAACACGAACUUGCAAAUUUUCGACAGAUGUCUUUGGGUUAUGUUUCAAAGUUGCAUGAAGUAAAUGAAAAAAAGAAAUUUGAGUUUGUUGAGAUUAUGCUUGCAUUUAUGUAUGGUCAGUCAACUUUUUUUCAUACAGGACAUGAUGUUUUCAAUGACAACAAAGCCUAUUUAACAGAUUUACAAUACAAACUGCAAACUACUAGAUAUAGGUUUGAUGUUACAAGGCAAGAAGCAGAGGAACUAAAAAACAAAACAACUAAGAAAUUCAAUAUGGGAGAACUUAAUAAAGGUUCCUAUUCUAGACAGGGAUAUCUAUUUGUUCAAGUCAAAAACUGGGGUGGGCUAGGUGGCCAGUGGAUAAAGCAUUACUGUAGAUAUUCAAAAGAAAACAAAAUCAUGUCAAUGAUACCAUAUACUCAAACAUCAGGAAAGUUGAACAGUAACACAGAUACAUUCGUUGUCACAUCGUGUACCAGGAAAGCGACAGAGUUAUCAGAACGAAGAUUUUUGUUUGAAAUAACUGGCCUCGAAAGACCUCAGCCAAUUGUACUUCAAUGCACCUCUGAUGAAGAUAGAAAACAAUGGUUAGAGGUCAUGGAGGGUAAAGAACCACUUUAUCAAGAUUCUUUUGAAUUUGUACAAAAUGAAGGAGUAACGAGUAUUAAUGAAACUGGAGUUCAAUUUUUUCUGAAAUGUGUUGAAGCAAUUGAGGCCAGAGGUCUUGAUGAUCAAGGAAUAUAUAGGAUAGCUGGUGUCUCCUCUAAAUUUACUAAACUGUUGCAAAUUGGAUUGGAUCAAAAGCAGUUAGAAAAGCUUGACUUACUUUCAGAAAACUCUCCUUGGGAAAUUAAAACUAUUACAAGUGCUAUGAAGCAAUACUUUAGGAAUUUAUCUCCUCCAAUGCUUACAUACAAGCUGCAUAGCAAUUUUCUUGCUGCUGUUAAGGGAGAUAAUGAAGAAAAAAAGGUUGAUGCACUGAAAGAACUGUUGUCUCAGUUACCUGAAAAACAUAAUACUGUUCUUAAUCGACUUUUGUACCAUCUAAAAUUAGUAGCUGACCAUGCUAAUUUUAACUUAAUGCAAGCAAGCAAUCUAGGAGUUGUUCUUGGACCAACACUAAUGCGCCCAAAAGAAGAAACAAUGGCUGCCAUAAUGAAUAUUAAGUAUCAGAGUGUUGUAGUUGAAACAAUGAUUAAAAAUUAUGAUAAACUAUAUCCAAAUGGGCCAUCAUUUGAUGUAAAAGUUACUUCAUCUCCGAGUCAAGUUUCAGUGUCAAGCAACAUAACUCAAAAUCCUGUGUUAGGUAGUGAACCUUCUGAAGGCUCUCCAUCUACUAAAUAUAGAGCUCCUGGUCCACCAAGUCGACCACCAAUACGUCCAAGAAAUUCAAAAAAUUCAGAUCAGUUACAAGAAGCAACUAACACUCAUUUUUAUACAUCCUUAAAGAAAAAUUCACCCUCUGUCCAGCCUUCAGAGCAAAGUUUUAAUGAAGAGCCACCUUCCAUCCAGCCAUCACAACAAAGAUUCAAUGAAGAGCCACCAUCUAUCAUGCCAUCACAACAAAGAUUUAAUGAAAAUCCAGCCAAUCACCAUCCUUUGCGUCAAAUGUCCAAUGAAGAUAUGUCAACACAACAAAGAUUUUCUGGUCGUCUGAAAUCAGUAUCACCAACAAAAUCAACAGGAAACGUCCGUAUCAAACGAUGGAAAGUGACCAGAUCAGAAAAAUUUACCAGUAACGAUAGGUUUACAGACAUGGUUACUCCAUUUACUAGUCCAUUUUUAAAUACGGGUGAAGAAGAAGAUGUAUCAAAUUCCCAAAGUAAAUUAGAUUCUAAGUCUGACGUAAAUGCAAAUGGGUCUGAAGAGUCUUUGAAAGAAAAUAAACGCGUUAGAUUAAAAUCUAUUGACCCUUUGCUUCCACCUAUUAUACCGAGAAAGAAAGAGUGGAAAGUUCGAACGAAGUACACCUGCAUUGCCGAGAAUAGCGCUGAGCUCACAUUCAAUGCUGGUGCAAUUAUUACCAAUGUGCGUAGUUCUACAGAGAAUGGUUGGCUUAUUGGUACAUUGAAUGGAAAAACUGGUCUCAUUCCUGAAAACUACUGUGAAAGAAUAGAUUAACUUAAAACCUAUCAGAUUCAAUCAUCAGCUAUCCCUUAAAGUAAUAGCAAAGGUUUGGAACCUUAAGGUUCUUCAUUAACUGAUCGUAUCUGUCGUAAAAGAAAUUUCUCCUCUAACAUAAAACUAAUAAAGAAGGCGUUUAAAAUCAGUUAAAAGGGAUUAGUUUAAAAUCAGUUAAAAGUGAUUGUUUUUUAAGAAAUACUUUUGUUAUUUUAAAGUCGCUCUUUUAGUUAAUUGCUUUUUGAAUUGUUAUUUUGAAUCUCACAAAAAGGAUUCAUUUGAAGUCCUGCGAAUCAUAUUUAAUGGUUGCAAUUUAUAUUUAAUGGUAAAUAGAACAAAAAUAUAUCGCAAAAGAUUCAAACACUUAUCUUGUUUAUAAAUUUCAAAUGUACAGUAAAAACUUUUUUGUUGUUGAUGUUUUAUAGACAUUUCUAUUUUAAAAUUUGUUUCAAAUUUUAAACUCGUAAUUUUUCUUUUUAGUUAAUGUUCAAAUUUCAAUAUUUUUCGACUUUUUUUAUAAAGAAAUAAUUUUUUAAUAUUUUAAAAUUUUAUGUAAAUUUCAUUUAUGAAAUUUUUGUUUUAGUUUUUAAAUAUAUAUGUAUAUAGGAAAUUAAAAUAAAUUUUUCUUUGAUCUAAAUAUCAAAAUCAAUGUCAGAAUCUUUAGAGGACGAUUUUCUUAGGUCACUUUUUAACAGAGGAAAUCCGAAGGUUUUAUGUUUCUUAAAAGCUAAAAUUUACGUUUUUAAAUUUUAAUUAUGUUUUCGUUUCAUUUAAACAGAACUUAAUCAAAAACUGAACAAAAGUUGUAAAACAAUAAAACAUUUAUUUUAAAAUAGUUUAUAGUGUUGCCAAAAAAGAGUUAAGAGCACAAUAAACUAUUUUAAAAUUCUACUUUUUUAAAUUUUUUCUUUGGGUCCAUCAAGAUGAACAUUCGGAAAAUUCAAGAAAUUUAAAAAAUUAACACUAUUUUUCAAAAAACUUUUAAGAUUAACUUUAUAUUUGAUAGGACCUCCUUUAUUUUGAAUUACUGCUUUCAUUCUAUGAGGCAUUGACUCAAUGAGUCAACAAUUCUCAUAUUAAUCUCUUGCUAAGCUUUCUUGAUUUGUUUAGAUCAGUUCUUUGCUAGUCUUCGCAUAGCCAAGAAAUAAAAUUUAUUUUAAUUGAAAAUAAUAAUAGAAACAAAAAUAAUUACAGCAAAUUGAAUAAAGACACUGAAAUCUUAUAAAAUAUGAAUCGUUUUAAUUUGUCCAGCAUGUUUUAUAUAAAGUAAAAUGUAUUUUUUUGAGGAAAUUGUUAAAUGAAUUAUUUUUUUGUGA